AUGAAGAAGACAAUACAGAAAGUAGUAUGGCAUUUUGAACCAUUUUCGUUUGUAAUGGUAAUGGGAACAGGAAUUGCCUCUGAUAUUCUUUAUUCUUUCCCAUAUCCUGCACGUUGGUUAAGAAUAUGUUCAUAUAUUUUAUUUGCAAUUGCAUGUCUCUUAUUCAUAUUUUUACAAUUAUUCGCUUGUAUUCAUAUGUUUUGGUAUGCAAGACGUUAUUCAUGGCAUAGAUAUUUUAAUCAUUAUUACAGAAAUUUAAUGCAUAACGUCUUUUGGGGUACUUAUCCAAUGGGUUUAGUAACUAUUAUUAAUUAUUUAACAAAUUUAACGGAAACUCCUUCAAUCAUAUCUGAAAAUAACGCCAAAAGAUUAAUGAUUUUCAUUUAUCUCUUAUGGUGGUACGACAUUACUAUUUCAAUGUUAACAGCUUGGGGGAUAUCUUUCUUAAUUUGGCAAGAUUAUUAUUAUACAGAAGAUUGGGCUAAUAAAUACCCUGUAGGAACAGAUAGACAAAAAAUCGCUACUCAAAAUUUAAAAAGUACUUUAUUAAUGAACGUUAUACCGUUAGUAGUGGGAACAGCAUCAGGUGCAUUGUUUACAAUGACUAAUAUUUUUACAAUUACAUUUAAUAGAAAUAUUCAAUUAUUAACAAUGGUCAUUUGCAUAUUAUUAUGGUUACACGCUAUAUUAUUCGUUGGCAUCCUUGUAACUUUAUUCUUUUGGAAUCUUUAUGUUAAUAAAUUACCGAAAAUGCAACAAGUUUUUACGAUGUUCUUAGUAUUGGGUCCAUUAGGUCAAGGUGCAUUUGGGAUAUUAUUAAUGACUAAUAAUAUUAAAACAUAUGUCGAUUUAUAUUAUCCUGCUAUAACAUCAAUACAAGCACCAAAGGGUUCAGAGACUGCAUUAUUGACACUUUUAAUCCCAUGGUGUUUUAAAAUAUUUGGUUUAAUAACUUCAUUAGCUUUAUUAGGAAUGGGUUAUUUCUUCACAAUCAUCACUUUUGUUGCAAUCUUCUCAUAUUUACCUGUCAAGGAAGAAUCUACCACACCUACGACUAAUAAAAAGAUCACAAUGCUGACUUUCCACAAGGGUUUCUGGGCAAUGACUUUCCCUAUGGGUACGAUGGCUUUAGGAACAAAUGAAGUCUGGAAACAAUAUGGUCAAUUUGUACCUAUUGGUGCCUUUAGAGUAGUAGCCGCAAUAUAUUCGGUAUUAUGUGUCGUUUGGGUUAUAGUAUGUUUAAUGGGAUCAAUAUAUACUAAAUGCAUUCCGUAUUUGAAACAUCAAUGGAAUAGACAACAUCGCCACUCACAGAAUGAAGUUUGUGAUGAAGAAUCUCUCAGAAAAGAUGAGGAUGAUGACCAAUUGGAUUCAAUGGGUAGUGCGAACGAGAUUGAUGGUAGUGAUGACAAUGCUUCAGAAGCAACAAUAGGUAUUAGAGAAUCGGAUUCAGUGAUAGAAUUGGCUACAAUGGCUACAAGAACACAAUAG